AUGAGCGACUCGCACCACCGCAAAAUCGAACUCCAAUCCCCAGCCGACCUAACCUACCUCUACGGCAACACCGUCGCGCUCUCGCGCCAAAAGCUCGACCUCCACCUACCUCCCUCCGCCAAUCCCAACGAUGGACCGGAUCCGAUGCGCGAACGUGUCCGCGAAUUAGUUGACGAG